UAUUUUGUUUUAUUGUCGAGUAAUUAGAAUUUUCUCGGCUUCAAUAAUUUCGUUUAAACUUGGUCAAGAAAACAUUAAUUUGGAAAUAAAUCGGAAAAAUAUAAAGACUUAGCUAUUUAAGCUCGACCAUAUUGCGUACCAUCAAAACCGACCUUCUGAUUUAUGUUUUCCAAAGAAUGUGCAGACUAAAUGGUGUUCAAAUUCUAUUUUUAAGUUAGGGCUUCAUUGUAAAAACAUGCAAAUGUCCUUUAUAACAAAAACAAAAGUAAACACUCGAAAACUCUUGACAAUGGGUAAAAUAAAUAAAGAUCUACUUAAUUCAGUUAGCCAUGGGGACGUAAAAAGUUUAAAAACUUUAAUAAAUCGCCAUGGUCUUCAUAAUUCCGUAGCACACGGAUACAUUCUUCUCCUUAAAUCCAUCAAGCUCAAAAAUAACGAAAUAACUGAAUUACUUUUAAAUGAAGGAUCUAGAGUAAACAGAAAACGGAACAAAAGAAUGCCUUCAAAUACACCACUUCAUCUUGCUAUCGAAAAUGGUGACUUAAAACUUACAGAAAUGCUUCUAGAUAAUGGUGCCGAUAUUAAUGCAAAUAAUGUAAACGGCUUGUCUCCUCUGGUGCUCGCUAUUUCUAAGAAAAAAGAAGAAAUUAUUGAUCUUAUAAUAAGAAAAAGAAGUGAUUGUAUCAAUGACAGAUGCAAAGAGGGAAUAUGUCCUCUCCAUGCUGCGGCUGAACAUGGUUUAAGUCAUGUAAUUCAAAAACUCUUACAAAAUGGGGCAAAUGUUGAUGUUAAAACGGCUGCCGAAUGUACAGCCUUGCAGUAUGUUUGUCGAAAGGGAAAUUUAGAAAUAAUCGAGUUGCUUUUAAAUAAUAAUGCUAAUAUUAAUCCUCGUACACAUCAUACUUGGGCUCCACUUUACUUAGCUAUUGACAAUUGUCAUGUGGAUGCUGCUAAACUUUUAAUGAUUCGCGGAGCCAAUAUUAAUAACAAAUCCAAAAACGGAAAAACCGUUCUUAGUUGUGCUAUUGAAAAAUGCUUAUGGUUAGUCGAAGACAUUUUGAAAUACUCUCCAGAUAUUAACAACGCAAGCAACAAAAAAUCUUUUAAAUUCGCAGCACGUCACAAGAACGAGUUCUAUUAUACUAUCGUUAAAAGUCUUAUAAGAUAUGGCUUUUCUGUUGAACCUACCGAUAUAAAUGACACUGCUUUGCUGCGUAAUGCUAUUAAAAUGGGAUACAUAAAAAUUAUACAAGACCUCAUUAAGCACGGGCUUGAUUUGACUUAUAAUAAAUCGACAUUUUUAUUGAUUGCUGUAAAAAACAAACAAUUGGAGCUUGCAGAACUUUUUGUUGCCCAUGGGGCCGAUGUAAAUUCCACAAACAAUGAUGGAAGACCUCUCAUAUUUUAUUCAGUGCAAAAUUCUGAUGUAAAUAUGUACAAACUGCUAGUUCAACAUGGGGCCGAUGUUAACGAAUACCCCGAAUUGCUAAGACUUGCAAUCAAAGGGGAAUGUAAAGAAAUUUUUGAUCAUCUACUUGAAAACAAAGUCGACAUUGAUGCUGCGGAUGAAUACGGAAGAACACCAUUACACUUCACUGUGUCACGCAUACUUUCCUAUGAUAUGAAUUUUCCAAAAAACGACACAGAGCUUGACGAAGCGAUUGGAGAAUAUAACUCAUACCAGCCAAAUAUUAAGAUUAGGACAGAAAUUGCUAAAAUACUUCUAGACAAGGGUGUAAAUAUUCAUGCUAAAACUUACAUCAAUAGAUCAACUGCUCUUCAUAUUGCUUGCGAAGAAGGAUUUGCAAAUUUAGUUGAAAUUCUUUUAGAAUAUCAAGCUGAUGUAAAUUGUGUAAGCGUGGAUGGCACACCGUUGCAUUGUGCUGCUGGAAAUAGACACGACAGUCAAUGUAUUAUUGAAAUACUAUUAGCGAAUAAGGCUAACAUUAAUUCAAAAAAUGAAAAUGGAGACACAGCUCUUCAUAUCGCUCUGCAAAACAAUAACACAUAUAUUGUUGAAACAUUGGUUAAAAAUGGCGCAGAUAUAGAUUCUAAAAACAAUAUGUAUGUGACGCCCCUCCACAAGGCUAUAACAUAUAACAGUUUUGAAGCAAUUUAUAUUCUCUUGGAACACGGGUGUUCUAUUAAUUCUAAGGACAUAGAUGGUAAUACUCCCCUUCAUCAAGCCAUUAUAUCGGGAAAUUGCUUGUUAAAAAGACUGCUUGAAUUUGGAUCUGAUAUUAAUAUUUUGAAUAACAAUAACCAAACACCUGUUGAUAUAGCAUAUGACCGUGUGGAAAAGAAUGAAAGGUAUUUUGAAGGGGACGACGGUUAUUACGGAUAUUAUGAAGAUUUACAAUACGAGCCUGAUGAGUCAUAUGAAGAUAAUAGAGAUAUGAAAAACUUUAAAAAGUUGCUCUUACAUGCAAUAAUGCUAAAAGCUGCCAAUUUAUAUUAUGGCGAAAUAGAUUUAUAUUCCUACUCGUAUUUGCGUGAUAAAAAUUUUAUGAAAUUACACGAAGAGAAAUGUACAAAAGAAAUAAUACAAUUAAAGCUCGAAAAAAUUGCAGGUACCAAAUUCAGUUUUUAUGAUAUUUUGACAAAAAAUACCCAAUCUACCGUAAGCUUCGCUAAAAAUGAAGAUGUCGUACUAAUUUUCCAAUCAGAUGAUUAUGAAAAAAAAUUUCCAAUCUAUGGUUCCAUGCUUAAAAGAAACUUCUUAAAGGCUACUCAAAGAAAUCGACUGCUCGAAACAGCUCAUGAGUUUUUCAAAUGUUUACAUUUCGAAAUUCCAUAUGGAUGUGCGGAUCAAAUAUUAAAUUAUUUGAGUGAUUCUGAUUUACAGAAUCUCUUUAAAUUAAUGAAAAUGCAUUCGACCUUUAAAACUUAAAGAGUAUAUUCUUUAUAAACAAGUACAUUAUGUAGUUUGUAGAUUUUUAUAACUUAACAAA